GCUCAACAAGUUGGCAGUCGGAAUCUGACUGGACUUAACAGUGGCCUUAGUCAUUUCAAGGUGGUAAGAGGCGGCUCAUCUGUCAAAUAAAAGCUAUAGCUAAUCAAACAACAAUGUACGAUUAUGUAAAUCUUACAGAAGAAAUCAAAGUUAAUACCACAGGCAAGUCUGCCUUGGAAGAACAUUCCAAGUACACUUUCAUGAUUGUCAUUGCCACUAUCACAUGGCUGCUGCUCAGCUGCAUAAGUGCUUUCAUUUACUGCUGCAAUUACUGGGAGCUGUUUAAACCUUCCUCGAGAAGAGCUGCUACCGACGAGCAGUCGGACCAAUCGGAGCAGUCAGAAAUGGAGCAACAGAGCAUGCUGCUUACACAGGUUAGUGAGGUGAGCAGCACCUGAGGAUUGGGAUUGUAGCACGAAAGCGCCGGGAAGGUCACAGCAGCGGCAGAACAAAGCAGAAACAAAAUAAAUAAGCCAGACACUGGCUGAACAAAGCAGAAGGAGUGAGCGAUGCAAAGCAGGAGGAAGAGCAGCAGCUGCCGGCGAUCAGCUGCAGGAGAGCAAUAUGGCGGCGUGCAGCUUCCAUUUCCGUUUCCGUAAACUUAAUUCCACACACACACACACACACAAGCACAGAGUAAAAAAUCAGCAUGUGCUGCUGUUUUCCUUUCUGUGUUUUCGGCUUUGCGUUUUACACACUGUUUAGUUGUUCAUUUUUCAUUUCUUCUCGCUUUUUACGCUUUGGCCCAAAAAAUAUUUUAUUACAGCUGCAGCUCCAGUGAAGUGUAUAUUUUCGGGUUGGUCUUUCGUUCCUUUGCUAGCACUAAAAUAGCGUCUUUUAUGCAAAUUUACAAUGCCAGCUGAGAGCGUGGGGGAGCGUGCCGGAGCCAACAUGACUUCCGCUACGUAACUGGCUUAAUUUGGAGAGUAAAGCGCAGAAUAACAAAAAUUAAAAGCGACCCGAAAAAAGGUACAAAUUCAAGGAAGAGCCACAAGCAGCAAGAAGUUAAAGACAUUUUAAGUCUUUUGUGUGAGGUAUGAGCUGAGUGAAAGGCUUUAACUCGUUGGGCUCGUUAGAAAAUUGUGAAGGGUACUUUUCAAUAAAUGUGCUCUAUUAAUAUUUAAUGCAAUGCCAAAUUUUCGAAUAUAAUAUAGGCUUUUCUGGUGGACAUGGUCCAUUAUCCCUUUUACUUGAGCAUGAAAACUUUUUUCACCCUGGACCUGACCAAUUAUAUUAUUUUUGUCCCAAAAACAUGCCAACACAUCAGUACAGGCCGUAAAAGCACAUGGCUGCUGGCUAUGUUUGUGUUAUGCCUGAAAGUUUGAAACUUUUUCUGGCAGCUUUUGUUUAAAUUAAUAAAACAACAGACAAUUUAACGUACUUUGUC